UCUAAUCACUUCCAUUCUAGGCCUCCGGUAUAUAAGGCACAGUGCCACUAGAUAACUUCACUCUCCACAGGAACACAGAGCAGUGAGUUUCACCCCAAUCUCAUCUCUGGAUCUAAGGAAAGGUCGUCCUCAAACCAUGAAGUCCACCGUCUUGACCACCCUGACCUUCUUCAUAGCCAUGGGUAGCACCUUGGCCAUGAGCCGCCUCAAAAGGUCAGGUCACUGGGAGGACGAUGAGAAGGAGUGCAAAGACCCCUCCAUGAUGAUGACUAAGAUGAUAGGCAUGAUGUGCGACGACGCCCACUGCGCAGAAUACGCCCCCAAGUGCGUCAAAGCAAUGAUGCCACCCGGAGAUAUGUGCACCACCAUGAAGGAAUGCAAGCAAGAACUGAAUUUAACUAUGGGUGCAGGACACGAUGCAACCAAUAAGCAAAAGAUGAUGACUCAGUACAAGAAGCCCCUGAUGGAAUGCUGCACUAAGAAGCACAUGAAAGCACUUGGAAUGGAGUAUGUACCAGACAACCUCAAAGCGAACACCCUAGCCCUGAUGAAGAAGAGCGUCAGUAUGUCCACUGAACUCACCGAUAAGACCAAGAAUGACAUGCUGUCAGCAAUGGACGGCGCAUGCGCAAUGCCCAGUGGAAGCUACAAGAUGAUGGAUAUGGCGAUGUCUUCGAUCUGCCUAACAAAAACUUGCGUCAAUUCCAUGACUCCAAAAUAAGGGAAAAGGAUUCUCACCCAACAUCAACUCUGAACACACCACCGGAACCAGUUACAAGACCAGUCGCCGAAUGAUGAAGCUUUACAAUCAACAGUAUCUCAAACUUUUCGACCAGUCUGCACUCUGACAAUGUAACUGAUGAGUAUUUGCAUCACAAUAAAUCACCCGCAU